AUAUCGCAGAUAUCGAAGAAGUUAUUGAUUUAUAUACACAAAUACCUACAUUCCAUUUUGAUUAUAAGCCUAUUAUAAAUCAAAUGCCAUCAAAAGAAAUUACAGAAAAAAGUGAUCAGAUUGAGCAAGAUUUACAUAAUAAGCUAAUUAUUUACAAUAAUGCAAAAUCUCAAAAAGCUUUUCUUUAUAAUAUAGAUACUGGAAUGCAGACAAAAAAUAGUACUUUUUUAGAUAAAGUAAUACAAACUGAUUCCUUGGAUAAAGCAACCAAAACAGAAGAUAUUGAUCUCUCAACCAAAUUAGAGCAAAUUAAAAAGACUAAUGCAUUAUUGAUUAAAGUAAAAAGCAUUUUAUCUAAUAUUUAA